AUGUUUUGCAAGAAUUUUUACAUUGGCAUUGCUUAAAUGCCUUUUGUCUGCCUUUCCCUCUGAAGCCUCUCAGAAGAAGGAGAAAAGUGUAGAUUUGAACAGACUUAACUCCAGCAGAGAGAGGACACAAUGCCAGACUUGUGAUGUUUAAGGUGGUGAGAGACACAAACUAAAAACCACAUGAAGCUGAAAACAUACUAAUGCUAAGAACAAUGGAUACCCAAAAAGAGAACGGCAUCUCUCCAAAAGAGAAUGGGAGCCAAAGAAGACCACCCUCCUAUUCUGUAGAGACACCCUAUGGAUUCCAUCUGGACCUGGACUUUCUCAAGUAUGUCGAUGACAUUGAGAAAGGCAACACUAUUAGGAGGGUGCCAAUGCAGAGAAGGCAAAGAGGGAGAAAUAAUGGUGUCCUGUCACGUAACUUAAGCCUUCCAGGUUAUGGAUGCAGAAAUACAGAGUGGAACUCAGUACGCACUUUAUGGCCCAAAACAAAACUGGGAGACUCUCAACAACAUUUUGAGUUUCGAUCUAGUGACAGUGUUUCUGCUGGAUAUGCCAGGAGGGGAGAACCCAUCUAUAAGUCCUUCACAUCUGCAGAGAUGGAGGCUUUUGAUGAGCAGCCCUUAGGAUGUUACGUCAGGCCAAAUCUCUUGAGAGCCUCCAGUUUACCCUUGACCGUUUUAUUGAGAAAACACUCUGAGUCAACGGAGGAUCCAACCAGCCCUAGCAGCCCCAAGGACUAUCUAAUGCAGGAAAACGGCUCUUCUGAAGAUGUAUUCCAUGCCUCCGACAGAAGGAUAGGUAGAGCAAACGGGACCCUCCAGCGGCUCACUGCAGCUCUUGAACGAGUUGGGGAAUUAGAAGAGGAGAUCCGAGUCGUUCCUGAGCUCAAGGCGCAGAUAUGUAUUUUGCAGGAGGAGCGAGAGAGACUUUUGCUCCAAUUACAUUCCCAAAACAAGACCACCGGGCCACUGGAUGUACCCACUGCUCCUAAGAACUGGGACACUUCUUCAUCUAUUAGAGAAAAUCAAGACAAAGCAAGCGAUGACUGGAUGAACCGAGAAUAUGACCGGCUAGAGAAAAAUGUCAAGGUUUCUUCUGAACAAGUUUAUGCAGUUUCAAUGACUUCAACUACUGAAAGAUUUCUUCCAGAGAUUGAAAGAUGUAAAACGGUCUCAAGAGAAAGAGAUCUCUUAGAAACUGGAGACAAAACUAAGUCUCUCACUGAAAGUCUCCAGAGAAAAGUUGUUUUGCUGGAACAGAAACUUCAUGAAUUGGAGGUAGAGCUAGACAAGACAAGAGCUUUGCAGAAAGAGCAAGUAAAGGAGAGUCUUCUCAAGGAUGAGAAGAUCAAGAAGUUGACCGUACAGCUUGAAAUGGGGCACACACUGGCCAAGGUGAUUUCAUCUGAAAGCUCCUUAGUAAGUACACAAAGUCUUGAACCUGUGGUAGAACUGCAGGAAACAUUAAUAAGUGGGCAAGAGAUGCCAACGGUGGAGGCAACUGUUUCUCAAGUUCUGGAUGGACCUCCAGUAUCACAUGCAGAUGUGGAGCACCAUGUGAAAAGAUUACAAGAGCUCCUUCAGGAGCAAUGGGAAUGCCUUUGUGAAUACGACUCAUCAGGGAAAAUAUCUUUAAACCACUUGCCUCCACGUGUCUCUACUAUUCAAGAGCAGUUAACAACUUUGGUCACCAUUCUUUCCCUCUAUGUGUUUCCUACUGGUGAUGCUUCACAACCAGUAGGAGAGAACCCCAAGAGAGAACAUCUGAAGACAAUCAGCAUAAGAGACAGUGGGAGCAUGGAGACAGAGGAAAUAAGUACUGCUAUCAAACCACAAGAGCAUGCAGAAGUGGAUGCUGGCCUUACGAAGAACACAACUAAAGAAGAAGGCAAACUAUGGACCACAUGGACAACAGAGUCCAGCAUACAAACAUGCAAAAGUGAAAAUGCAGAAUUCAGUCCAAAAGAAGAUGCCAUAGAUGUAGAGACCACAAAACAAGGAAAUCUACACAAGCAAACAAGUCAGGCAAGAGCUCUAGGGGAUCAGACAGAGGAAGAAGGGAAUGAUUGCAUUUCUUUGAGCACGGACUCAGAACAGAAAUCUCUGGCAAUGGAGAAAAACAGGAAAGCUGUUGAUAAAGAUUUCAUAGAGGCAUGCUAUUUCAUGAGAGACCACAUGGAUAAAGUGUCAGAACCUGAUAAUGAACUGAGCCAAGCUCUCACUGUGGUGUUCCAGCAGUGGUUUCACAUCUCUGCUGAGGAGGGAGCAUGUACCGACACUGUUGCUUUGUAUCUCAACGAGGUUAACUCACAAACACCCACAGUCCUUCAGUUCCUGGUCAACAUGGCGGAUGAUAAUGGGAACACCGCCUUGCACUAUAGUGUGUCUCAUUGUAACUUCAGCGUCGUUAAGCUCCUUUUAGACACAGGUGUAUGUGAAGUGGACCUGAGAAACAAGUCUGGCUACACUGCUAUCAUGCUGGCCUCCUUGACAGCUGUAGAAUCACCAGCAGACAUGAAAGUGGUCCAGCAGCUGAUGGAGCUUGGUGACGUCAACGCCUGUGUUGGGCAGGUGGGACAAACAUCUCUUCACUUGGCAGUAAGACAUGGACGUGUUCCAAUGGUGCGCCUCCUGCUAGAACAGGGAGCAGAUCCUAAUGCCCAGGAUCAUGCAGGAACCACUCCACUGAUCAGCGCCUGUGAUCGGGGACACAUCAACAUUGUUCGAAUUUUGUUACAGGAAGCCAACUGCGAUGCCAAUUUAAAAGACAAGGGUGGCCGCAGUGCGUUAUCUCUGGCAACACAGGCCUCUCACACAGAGAUAGCAGACCUCCUGAAAGCCCGCACAGAAACCAAGAGCUCAGACAAAUGCAAGGUAUCUUAGAGCGGAGCUUGGGCAUCUCACUCAUUUCUACAUUAAUAAACAUACAUGUACAGCAAUAACAUGUCAAUAUCAUAAAGCCAGGAAGGCAGUAGUUUGCUAAUAUAAAGCUUGUCAAUGUACAUAUAACUGUCUCAGAACUGGCAAUAACAGUUAAAUGUGCACCUUUCCUAUAAAUUCCACUCAGAUCAUAAAAUAUAUUUUGUAACCAAUGCAGUUUCUUAUUUUUCUUCUUAUGACAAUAAAUGAAACUAUUCUAUUAAACUAGUCCAAAUCC